CCUCCCUUCCAUUGAAAAGCGCCUUACGUAACUAAUAUAAGCAGACGAAGACUUGUGUAUGUGGAUGCUGAAGUGAAAUAAUGGCUGAUACUUUGCCAGAAUGGUUAUCCUACACCCCAGAAAACCAGCUUGAGAAGCCAGUGGAUACAAAAAUCACUGGGAAGAUCCCUCAAUGGCUGACCGGUACCCUGUACCGGAAUGGAUCGGGGCUUUUCAAGGUAGGGGAGACAACUGUGGAUCACCUAUUUGAUGGCCUGGCAGUCCUCCACAAGUUCACCGUCAAAGAUGGCAAAGUUCAGUAUCAGAGCAAGCUCUUGGACUCGGAGACCCUUGCAAAAUGUCUGAAGGCAAAUAGACUCGUCGUCGGUCAGUUUGCUACAGCUGCCUACCCAGAUCCCUGCAAGAGCAUCUUUACAAGGUUUUUCUCCUAUUUUACCCCUAAAGACACAGACAACACAGCAGUAAACAUCGUUCCCCACGGCGACAUGCUUCUUGCGAUGACCGAGACAUCAACCAUCAACAUCAUUGAUCCUGAGACAAUCACAAAGAAAGAUUCGAUACCUCUGGGGCAAUAUGUAGCAGUACACCUGGCUACGGCUCACCCACACACAGACUUUGACGGAACCAUGUACAACCUUGCAACUACAUUCAAGCAGAAACAGGCAUACAGCAUUGUGAAGAUACCUCCACAAGAGAAAGAGGGAGACAACCCUUUCAAGCGGGCGUCCCUUGUGUCAACCAUUCCGUCUCGCUGGAAGGUGAACAUUAGCUACAACCACAGCUUCGGGAUGUCUGAGAACUACUUUGUGGUCUUGGAACAGACUCUGGUAGCCAACCUGUUGAAGCUUUCCGUAAUGAAGCUCGUGGAACUUCAUUUGAAAAAUGCAUGGAUAUCUAUCCCAACGAAAAAGGCACAGCAGGAUCUAAUCGUUCUUCAAAUUCAUCGGGAGUUCACGAUCAAGCUGCUCAAACAGUUAGGGUGGCUCCUAAAUUGUGAAAAGUCGGAGUUAACACCGACUCACAGACUUCAGUUCAUAGGAGCAGUUUUCGACACAGAACAAGCCAUGUUGUUUGUUCCCAAGGACAGAGAGAUGGUCACAACUCGGUACACUACGGAUUCCUUCUUCUGCUUUCACUUCAUAAACUGCUAUGAGGAAAACGGCCAUGUUGUCAUCGACCUUUGUGGUUACGUGAGAGCUGAAACUGUGCGUGACCUUUACCUUGAUUCAGUCAAGCACAUUGGGUUAAACAAGUGGGCAAACCCCCAAGUGAGACGCUACGUCCUGCCACUUGAUGUUGAGAAGGCAGAGAGCGGCAAGAACCUGGUGACUCUGGCAGACACAUCGGCUACAGCAGUCAAACAGCCUGACGGCUCCAUCUACUGCAGCCCAGACUACAUUACAGGAGAUUCAUCCAAUGCUGUUCUCAUGGAACUUCCAAGAAUCAACUACGCCUACAACACGAAGAAAUACAGAUAUGUUUAUGGAACUGACUUUCUGGUUGAAAAAGCCAAGCUGACCAAGCUGGACCUGAAGACCAAGACCUGUAUUCACUGGGCAGCUGAGGACCUGGAUCAGCCUGGGGAACCAGUCUUCAUUGCUCGUCCUGAUGGUACGGAGGAGGAUGACGGCAUAAUCCUGUCCCCUGUCCUCCCUACAAAACCUGGACGCAAGGCCUUCCUCCUGGUGCUUGAUGGGAAGACGCUCAAGGAGCUGGCCAGAGCAGAGACGCCCCUAGCAGAGACGCCCCUG